AAACUCCGCGACCAUCUUUGGCCGCUUUUGAUGCAAUCUCAUAAUUCAUAUUUCUCUUGCAAUCAUGGUGAAAUUGACAACAGACAUCGUCGAAAGGAAGUGUUCUCAAAUAUUAACUGGUAAAUCACUCAGUAAGACAAUAAAAAAAGAUGAAUUGUGGAAAUUGACUCAUUUACAUAUGAACGAUAUGUUUAUCAGCAGUAUUGGCAACAUCGCUGUUUAUACAAGUUUAAAAGUUUUAUAUCUUCAAAAUAAUAAUAUAUCGAAGAUAAGGAACCUACAUUUUGCGUGUAAUUUGACACAUCUGUACUUACAACAUAAUGUCAUAACGAAAAUAGAAAAUUUGGAGUCUCUGGAGAAUCUCCAAAAACUUUAUUUAGGCUACAAUAACAUUAUUGUAGUUGAAGGACUGCAAAAUACAAAGAAAUUACAAGAAUUAUAUAUCGAGAGUCAAAAAAUACCGUUCGGCGAAUCGUUAUGCUUCGAACCGCGCAGUGCUUUCACUUUAUCUAUGUGUCUUAAAGUUCUUAAUAUUUCUGAUAACAAAAUGACAUCUUUGAAUAAUCUAAUGGGAUUUCAAGAAUUAUAUACCUUGAAUGCAAAAAAUAAUCUCAUUGAUAAUAUAGAUGAUUUAACUACAACAAUAAGUACACUGACCUCUUUACAAAAUUUGUUUUUACAGGGUAAUCCUGUUACAUCGUCUUACAGAUAUAGGGAGAAUUUGAUUGCUAAUACCAUUUCACUAGCCAAUCUCGACGGAAAAAUUGUAACUGACAUUUGUCGAAGUUUUAUGAAAAAAUUAAAAAUGGAAAAGUACAAUCGACGUGGAAAAAACGCAACUAAAAUCCCAUUAGGAGAUGAUAUAACAAGUUCUCUAAACUUGCCACCGGCUUUCAAAAGAUCUAUUUCGAGAGCAAUUUUUCAGCAUCCUGGUCCACACUUGUCUGUAACAAUUACUCCUGGAUCUCUCUCAGUAGGAAGUCAACUGCAGCAGGUGUUUCCACCUUGGAAAUCAGCACCUGGCAUUAGAAGUACCAAGGAUAAUCAUGUAACACCAAGGCCAUUUUGGAGUAACGUAACUAAAAACAAAGAUACUCGUUUAAUACGCUCUCACAUCAACACUAAAGCAAUUGCACUACCGCUUAUUUAAUUCCUUUUACCAAUUUUUUUAAAUAGUUAUUAUUAAUGUAAUUUACUGCCUUAGAUUGAAUUACGGAACGUGAAUAAAUUGAGAUUGUAAAAGGCUAAAAUUUUAUGUAAGUUAUGACGGAAAAUAAAACAAUGCAUUAUAUUCAAUAAAGACAGACAUGAAUCACAAUAUUAUUUUUAUAGAACUUUCUAGUAAUAAGGCUACAUUUCCAUUACUUUCAUAUAUAUGAAUUUACUGUAAUGUACAUAUUAAAUAAAAUUGGUCACAGAUAAAUAUAAAAUAAAUGUGUAUAAAUUCGCGAUGUCACACGAUACAAAGUGUUCAAAUGCAAUAAAAAUAUAAUUAAUCUUUAUAAGCUGGGUAACUAUUACAUAUUAAAUAUGCAAUAUAAUAUUUCCAAUAAACUAAACAACAAAAGUGCUAAAGUAUAAACUUACGAACUAGAUUUGUACGCUGCUUGAAGAUCUGUACAUCAUUUGUAAAGCUUAUAUGAUUAUUUAUUCAUGUAUAAAUUCAUUGCAUCGAUUUAUAAAAUUAAUAAGCAAUAUUUGUAUUUUCGCAAUUGGAGAAAUCUGAAUUACCUUUCUAUUUUACUGACUUGGAAUUAUAUUGCUAUUACAUAAGCAUACACGUGUGUUCUCCAAGCAGACUUAACAUAAAAGUAUAUUCUUAAAAAACAGGAAUAAAUAACAAAAAUAAUACAAAUAUUUAUAAGACAUACAUAUAUAUGUUAGUCACUAUAAGCAUGGAAUGUUAGAUAUAAUAUAAAACAUCUUUUAGUUUUCAUACGAUAAAGAAGAGGAAACCGAAAAAUGAUAUGCAGCUCAUUAAAAUGUUAUUCACAGAAUCUUGAGACACCUGUUUCGCGAUAUGUGUAUACGUAAAGAACAGGUAAUCAUUUCACUAGUAAUCAUUGGAAAUUAUAUAUAAAAUCAUAGCAUUGUCUUGAGCGUAUCUAAAGAUAUAAUCUUAUAUCAUGAAAUAGUAAUGAGAGAUGUAAUGAACCAAUAUAUAUUUUGUGGCACACAGGCAACUAUCAUAUCGCCAUUUAUCAUGUAAUGUAUAGAGCAAGCGAUCAGUAAUAUAAAAUUUCUUAUAUAAAUAGGCUGUAAUAAUCCUUUGUUCCUUAUAUUGUUACUUCAUUUAAAUAAAAUCUAGACGGAAAUAGUUUACUCUAGAGAACUGACUAUGCCUAAAAAAAAAAAAAAAAAAAAAAAA